UAGCAGAAUAAUCACCGGUUUCCAUUACUCAAACGGAUACACUUGUGGAAAAAUAGAGGUUCAAGACAACUCAGUUGUUGGAAGUCAAAGCAUUAUUCUCCCUGGUUCUCAUGUUGAAAAGAAUGUCAUUCUAGGAGCACUUUCAAUUGCUCCAAUGAAUUCCAUACUCCAUGAAGGUAGCAUGUACAUUGGAUCUCAAACAAGGGUUAUUACCAAAAAACCCACAAGUGGUUUAGAUGAACGAAUAGAAGAGAUGGACAUGGCUUACAAGAAAGUAGUAAGUAACUUGUCUGCAAAUUUAGCCACCACAACCAUGAAUGCUAAGGCAAGAUAUUUCCACAGAAUUGGAGUUAGUGGAAAAGGGUACCUAAAAAUGUAUGACAAAAUUGAUGGAAUUCCAAUGCACAAGAUUUUCCACCCUGGAAAGAGCUACCCUAUCUUGAUCCGACAUAGCAAUAGCUUGAGUGCUGAUGAUGAUGCAAGAAUUGAUGCCCGCGGUGCAUCUCUGAAGAUACUCUCUGAUGAACCCGGUUCUAACAAUGCUCUCUUUGAUCUUACAUUGAAGACAGGCAAGGCAUUUUAUGCAAGAACUUUGGCUGAUUUUGCAAGUUGGUUUGUGUGUGGACUUGCUGCAAGAGAGGAACUAGUCAAGAAAUUCCCACAUCUUCGUGAAGCAGUGUGGAAUUCUCUUAGAAAUGCUAACUCAUAUGCUGAAUUGCAUUACUACUCCAACAUUUGCAGGCUCUUGCGCUUCAAUGAUGGACAAGAAAUGUACGUGAAGUUCAAGUUGAGACCCUAUGACAAAAGCAUUGGUGAGAACACAGGUAUGGUUAAGCCAAUUGGGAUUCUUCCACCAGAAACAGGUGCUAUUCCAAGGGAUGAAAAUGAUAAACGCCCUCUUCUUUUCCUUGCGGAUGAUUUCAAGAACCGCGUGAGUUCACCAGGUGGAGUUCAUUAUGUUUUCCAAAUCCAAGUUCGACCGGUGCCGGAUGAUGAAGCCACACGUGAUGUUGCUUUGGAUUGCACAAGACCAUGGGACGAAAAUGACUUCCCUUACAUUGAUGUUGGAGAGAUCAAUAUCACUGAGAAUCUUUCUAAGGAAGAAUCAGACAUGUGUGAGUUCAAUCCUUAUCUCAAAAGCCAUGAGUUAGAUGUUAUUCCUGCUACUUCGAACUCUCAAAGUGCUUCAAUGGAUCAUGGUCGUUCAUUGAUCUAUGAGAUUUGCCAGUAUGUUCGCAACAAGCGACCGCUCCCAGAAUCUUGGAGGAACCUUAUUGAGCAAUCCGCGGUUAAGGUUGACUUAUCAUGUUGUCCAAUGGCGGCGGCGGCAUCAUUGCCUAAAAAGCAGCCACAAAAAGUAACAUUGGCAAGAACUUGGAUUAAGAUUGGUGAAGAUGGGUUUGUUGGGAGUAGAGCAGUGGUUAUGCCUGGUGUUCAUGUGAAGAAUGAGGGAAACCUAAGUGCCUUAACACUUGCCAUGAAAGGUGAAAUCAUUAGGUCAAGAUAAACACACGUAAUCAUGGUUUUGAAUUGCGGUUGUUGUUGUAGUUGUCGUUGCAUGCAUUGUAAAACUAUGAAAAAUUUACU